UACCGUAUUGACUAGACCUACCCACUGAAAAUUGGAUUGUUCUAAGCCCCGUUUGUCCGUUGGCGGUGUGUGAAGAGGAUAUGCACGAAAUCAUUGAUUGUGAUUACUUGUUACUAAUUUUUUUUUUUUCUCCUUCUAGUAACGCCCUCUCUCGUAAUCACAGCGACUCGCAAGCUUCCAAUCCUCGAUUCUCAAAUCUUCGCUGUCAAGAAACUUCACAACUAACAAAUCAAAAACCAGGAAAAGGGGUCGAAAAUCUGUUUAUUUCCAACCAUCUUCAUCGAAUAGUAAAUAAGGAAGGAAACAACAUUCGUAUCCGAACGGGUGCCCUGAAGAAAGAGGAGGAGAAGAAGAAGCAUGGAAGCUGAUGUUUUGAUCCAAACAACAAUACCCAUAAUCCUUUUGAACAGCUCUAUCAGCUUUGAGCUAUCUCUCUUAAUCAAUCCCAUUAGUGGGUUUAAUCAGUGAUGAUAGGUAGAAGAAAUCAGGAAGCAUCUCAUGAUGGAUAACUGAAGAUUUGAAGGGUUGGCUUGGCUUUUGAUUGAUCAAAAUUUUCCUGAUUUUCCAAUUGUGUGCGAUUUUUGGUUUUUUGUAGUUUGUUUACUUUCUUCACAAUCCGAUAAUGACCUUCAUGGCUCUGGAAAGUAUCAAUAAGGGUCGAUAUAUUGUGGGACUGGCCUAUUAUUUCCCUCUAUUGUACAUGAUUUUGUCUCUACUGGUUCCGACUGCGACUGCGAAAGUGGUGUUGAUUGGGAACAACGUAACUCUAUCAUUCGAUGAUAUGGAAGCCAACUUUGCUCCGAUGGUCAAAGAUUCAGGGGAGUGUGGGACCUUGUAUUUGGCUGAGCCCCUUGAUGCUUGCUCUCCAUUGACUAAUAAAAUCGAUACAGGAAAAGGUGCAAAUGCAUCAUUCCUGUUGAUUAUUAGAGCUGGAUGUACCUUUGAGGAUAAAGUUAGAAUCGCACAAGAUGCAGGGUUCAAAGCAGCGAUUAUCUAUGACAAUGAAGAUAGUCGUGGUUUGAUUGCAAUGGAAGGAAGUUCUGCAGGCAUCAAAAUACAUGCUGUGUUUAUCUCUAAAGCAUCAGGUGAAGCACUUAAAAAGUAUGCUGGUCUUCCCAACAUGGAGCUCUGGAUCCUCACAACUUUUGAAAAUUCAGCAUGGUCAAUCAUGGUUGUCUCUUUUGUCUCCCUUCUAUCUAUGUCAAUUGUGCUGGCUACUUGUUUCUUCGUUCGCAGACGUUAUGUGAGACGAGAACGGUCACAGGCUCGUCGUGUUCGAGAGUUCCAUGGCAUGAGCAGUCGUCUAGUGAAAGCUAUGCCUAGCCUGAUAUUCACGUCGGUUUUAGAAGAUAACUGUACUUCAAUGACAUGUGCCAUAUGCCUUGAGGACUACAGUGCUGGAGAAAAGCUCAGAAUACUACCAUGCAGUCACAAGUUCCAUGCUGCUUGUGUAGAUUCUUGGCUGACUACAUGGCGGACAUUUUGCCCUGUUUGCAAGCGUGAUGCUAGGACAAGCACUGGUGAGCCUCCCGCAUCAGAGUGCACCCCAUUACUUUCACCCAGCACUGCCUCCUCUGUGGGACUUUCAUCUGCCAGUUCAUCAUUUGCAUCAUCAUCAGCCAUACAAAUAGCGAGGUCCCCAGCAGUAUCUCAUGUUCACUCCUUCACUGGCACUCCUGUACCUCAGUCUUUUAGGUCCUAUGGCUCAUCUGCCCUCACCCCAAGCAGAGGCUCUAUAGAUCUUAGGAAUGCAUCUGCCAGAUCAUCAUUUGCAUCAUCAUCAGCUAUACAUAUAGACCCAGCAUCAUCUAGGUCUCCAUCAGUAUCUCAUGUUCACUCCUUCACUGGCACUCCUGUACCUCAGUCUUUUAGGUCCUACGGCAACUCAUCUGCCCUGACCCCAAGCAGAAGCUCUAUAGAUCUUAGGAAUGCAUCUUCCCAAAGAUCUCAUGCUUCCCACCUAGUCUCACCGCACUCCUUUGGCUACCCUUCAUUUUCUCCUCUGAGCUCAAGAUAUAUAUCCCCUUAUGUUCCAAGUCCUACCAAUGCCUCUCCAAGUUAUCUUGGGUCAUCCAGUCGGCAGCCUAGUAUGCUACAUUGUAGUGAGUCAGCAGCAAGUUUCUCUCCAUUUGCCUCUGCUCAUUCUCUUCCGAGUUGUUGAUGCAAAGCCUUAACACAAAAUGGAGAAUUUGAGUUUAUUUGAAGAUUAUUUAUGAACGGAUCUUGCUGAUGUAUAAAGAAGAGUCGUGCAGUAGAUGUUGACCCAAUCCUUUCGCCCUCUAAAGCAGACAUUCACUACAUGUAUAUUUCCUUCGGGUGUGAUCGGUUGAUGGCUUAUGGGAGGUCUAAUGUUCAAGUGAUGAUUGGGACUCUUUUGAUGCAGCAGAACAGGUGUACAUUGUUGUCUAAGAUUGCAUUACUUAUCUGGUAUCCUGUGAGUUUUCUUGUCCUGAGCUAUUGUUCCUAAUGGCACUAUGGUUUUCAGUUUUGACUAUCUGCUUUCUUUUUUCUCGAAGAUUUAACUUUUUCUCAAUUUAUCCAUAAACUGAUAAGAGUUAUCUGCUUUGAGAGAAUUUGUCGGUUGGUAUCUGUAAUUUUUUUGGAAUAUCCAUGAAAGAUGAUGUUUCUUGAAUGUUAUGGAGUUUCAUUAGUCCUGUCCA